GUGGGAAAAUUAACUUCGUCUGCUGUCUGAAGAUGUGAAAAAAUAAUUCCACUUGUGUUUAUUAAGUUAUGAAAAAAUGUGUGGUCGAACUGCGUGUACUUUAGAUAAACAUGGAAUUCAAAAAGCUUCAUGUCCGUACUCCAAAACAAAAGAACCUCCUGCUUGGAUUCAAAAAUACGACUGGCAAAAUUAUCAGCCGAGUUAUAAUCUUGCUCCUUCUCAAAUCUCCCCUGUUUUAGUAAAUAGUACCACCUUAUCUCUGAAGGAACUUGAUGAGGUUGUUUUGUUUCCUAUGCGAUGGGGUCUCAUCCCUUCAUGGUACAAAGGCUCUUUGGAAGGUUUUACUUUAAAAACAAACAACUGUCGUCAGGAAGGCAUUCUAGAAAAACCUACAUAUCGUGGACCUGCUACUGCUGGUAGAAGAUGCGUCAUUCUUGCUGAUGGUUUUUAUGAAUGGAAAAUCUGUGGCAGCAAACAGAAGCAACCAUAUUUCAUUUAUUUUCCUCAAGAAGAAGGCCCCGAUGUAUUUACACAAAAAUUGGAUAUCUCUGAUGACGUAAAAUAUAAUGGACCUCGUCUUUUGACAAUGGCUGGCCUUUUCGAUACAUGGAAAUCUUCCGAAAAUGAAGUUAUCUACAGUUAUUCUGUUGUAACCAUGGACGCAUCUAAAACUGCUUCUUUUGUACACUCUAGAAUGCCGGCUAUACUGGAGAAUGAAGAUGAAGUUUCCAUGUGGCUUGACAGCCAAAGAGUACCUGUAAAGAAGGCACUUUCCAUUUUAAAACCCAUUGAAAACCUUCAGAUGCAUCCUGUUUCUACUUUAGUUAAUAAUUCUAGAAAUAAUUCCAUUGAUUGUAUAAAACCUAUGAGUUUGGAAAAAAAAGUUUCUCCCAUGAAAACCACUGGACUGACAGCAUGGCUUAAAAGAGGACAGACAGAUUUAGGAAAUGAUGCAAAACACUUUAAAAAAGAAAAUUAAUGAAGUUGAAAUUAUGACUACUUUCUCUCUUUUAUACUGUGAUAUAUUUUGAAUUGUAUAAACUUUUAUGAUCAAUAAAUACUA